UGCAGACAGUUAAGGAGUAGGAGCCAUGGCUGCAACUGCUCAGUAUCUGCCCAGGAAUAACACAUUGCCUUCCAAUCCUCUGAUGCAUCCGGACUCCGAUAGGAUGCACCAGGGUACCACCUACAGAGAGGUGCAGAAGAUGAUGCACCAAGAGUACCUGCAGGGCUUGGCCACCAACGCCGGACACCCCAUGAGCCUCACUCAUCACCAGUGGUUGCCCAAUCCCACCAGUGACUGGGGUAGUGGCUCUCACCUAGCCGGGCAAGCAGACCACAAAAGUGGGGUGCAAAGCAGCAGAGAGGACCUCAGCACCAGUUUCCAUCACCACAGGUCGCACCUGGUCCACCAACAGACUCCCAGCAGCCAUGCAUGGGCGCAAGGAGGGGGGCACCACCUGUCUCCGAUGUCCCCCAGCUCUAACAGCCACCAGCCUCUGAUCUACUCGCAGACAUCCUACACGAAUUUGAAUGGCAUGCUGGGCCCUCAGGCUUCCUCCUUACACCACAGCAUGAGGGACCCCUUGCACGAUGACCAAGGAGUCCUCGACACCCACGUUGAAUCGCCCCCCCAGCAUCUCAACCACCAUCAGGACCACUCAGACGAAGACGCUCCCAGCUCCGACGACCUGGAACAGUUUGCCAAGCAGUUCAAGCAGAGGAGGAUCAAGCUGGGCUUUACCCAAGCAGACGUUGGCUUGGCCCUGGGCACCUUGUACGGCAAUGUUUUCUCCCAAACCACCAUCUGCAGGUUUGAAGCUCUGCAGCUGAGUUUCAAGAACAUGUGUAAACUGAAGCCCCUGUUGAACAAAUGGCUAGAGGAGACCGAUUCCACCACAGGGAGCCCCACUAACCUAGACAAGAUCGCAGCCCAGGGCAGGAAAAGGAAGAAGAGGACAUCCAUAGAAGUUGGGGUGAAGGGAGCCCUGGAGAACCAUUUCCUAAAGUGUCCUAAACCCUCAGCCCAUGAGAUCACCAGCCUGGCAGACAGUCUCCAGUUGGAGAAGGAGGUGGUGAGAGUUUGGUUUUGCAACAGAAGGCAGAAAGAGAAAAGGAUGACCCCAGCAGGGGUCCCUCACCCCCCCAUGGAGGAUGUGUAUUCACAAGCAGAGACCCCUCCACUCCAUCACACGCUGCAGACCUCUGUACAAUGACUAAGAAAUAUAUAAAGAGAGGAUGUGAGGGAGUGGGGGAUGAAGUAAGUACUUUUGGAUUUUACAAAAGAAAAAAAAUAGUAACAGGACCCCUAGAAAGAGACUGGAGUACCUUUCGCCAGAAGAAUAAAUUAAGACACCACCAUAAAAUCCCUUUUCCCAAUCCUUUUUUGGUACACCUCAGCUCAUCUAAUAAUCUUGUUUCUUCUUGAAGGUAAAACAAAACAACAACAAAAAAAGGAGAAGGGGAGGGAAGUAAUUUAUUGAUUCAGAAUAUUGUGGGAUAGAGUCAGAUUAUAAGAACUGUGAAUAUUUUUAUUAUUAAUGUAAAUUCUCAUUCUCACAAAUUUGUUGGCAGCUUUGAAUGGAAAUGUGUGUUAUUUAUUAAUUAGACUAUUUAGCUCCUGAAGUGCAGUAA